AUGAAACCAGACUGUGGUGCUAAUUGUUCACGUAAAUGUCGAGAAGCAAUCACAGAAAACCAGAGAAGUUUAAUAUUUAAAAACUUCUGGGAACUGGGGGAUCAUAAUAAACAAAUGGAUUACAUUAGCCGAUUUGUUAGAAGAGUCCCAAAAAAACAAGUUAUUGUCGCCUCGGCCUCAUCCAGUAGGCGCAAGUGGUCUUUUGAAUACAAUUUGUUUAUAGAAGGUCAAGAAAUACGAACCUGUAAGACGAUGUUUUUAAACACCCUCUCUAUAAGCGACAUGUGGUUGCAGACUUUAUUUAAAAAAAUUGAUAAGUCUGCUACAGGUACUAUAAUAAACGAUAAAAGAGGUAGACACGGCACGCGCAAAAAUGCCGUUCCAGAUCAAGUCAAACAAUCUGUUAGAGAACAUAUUUCACAAAUGCUAUUAGUAGACUCACACUAUGUGAGAAACAGGACAUGUAAACAGUAUCUGGAUGAACAACUAAACUUUCCAAUACUCUACAAACUUUAUUUGGAAUGGAUGAAUGAAAAACAUUCCGAUCAGGUGGUUGCGACUUCAAGACAGUAUAGGGAGAUAUUUAAGACAGAUUUUAAUAUAGACUUUAACAAACCAAAAAAAGACCAAUGUCCAAGGUGUGAUUUAUUUAAAAAUUCAACUGAGACUGACAAAACUAAGCUAGAGUAUGAGUACGCUUUACAUAUUGCAAACAAAAAUGUGAUCAGAUCUUUAAAAGAUAGUGACAAACACCGAGCUAAACACUCUGAUUCUGUUGUAACAGCUUGUUAUGAUUUACAAAAAAUUUUGAAUACUCCUCAUUCAGAAGUGUCCGUAUUUUACUACAAAAGAAAACUUGCUACAUAUAACUUUACGAUCUAUGAUAUGGGUAAACAUAAAGGGUAUUGCUACUUGUGGGACGAGACGAUCGGACGCAAAGGAUCUAACGAAAUAAGUAGUUUUGUAUUCGACUUCAUAAAAACUAGGGUUCAGGAAGGAUACAAGGAGUUUAAUUUUUAUUCUGAUAGCUGUGGCGGUCAGAAUAAAAAUAAGACAGUAUUCGCAAUGUAUGCAUAUGCUAGCAGAAUAUUUAAUAUAAAUAUAAAUCAUCACUUCUUUGAAGUUGGAUAUUCACAAUCAGAGGGUGAUGCGAUGCAUGCACUUAUUGAGCGAAGGAAAAAACAUAAAAUUAUCUACGUACCUCAGCAAUGGGUGACUUUGAUAAGAUGCGCUAAAUCUAGUGGUGAGCCGUAUGAAGUCAAGGAAGUAAACCAAGACAAUAUAUUGGAUUUUAAACAACUUUUGCCAUGUUACAAAAAUUGGGAACACGACGUUAACCAUGUGAAAGUCUCCUGGAGUAAAAUUAUGCAUAUUCAUUUUAUCAGUAGCUUACCUAAUAUAAUUAAAUUUCAAUAUGAUUAUCUGAGCGACAAUGAAAUUGCUAUAAAUCUAGCUCAAGAUAUUAUGACAGUUUCUCUUCGGGCAGUUACUCGUCGCGCUACCAAGGAACCUCAAAACAGUGAACAAGAGCUACCGAUUUCAAAGGCUUAUAAUGCACCUUUGCCUUUAUCUACAGCAAAGUACAAAGAUUUAAUAAGCUUAUGUAAUAGCAAUGCCAUUCCAACAAUAUAUCAUGAUUAUUUUAUAAAUUUACCUCAUGUGAAAACGAUUCUACCAAAUAAUAUGACUGAUUCUGAUUAA